GUUUGUCCACCUUAUAGGUUCUUUUUUAUAUGAGACAAGUCUAGAUCUUUGUAACCAGCGGUGAGAUGCGGUGAAAAUGACUACAAGUACACUUUCCCAACUCUCACGAUCUCCAUUAUUAUCCCAAACUGAUCAGUAAUACCCAUACCCAGUUACAUCACACUAACCUCUGCACUUCAUGAAAUCCCAUCCUCACUUCAGAGUCAUGCUAUAUAUAUUGAAGCCUUUCCCUCUCAGCUUCAAUCUCUCUCUCUCUCUCUCUCUCUCAAGUCCAUAGUCUCAUCUCCAUGAUAUGGUAGGAAGCAUGAAAUUGUCUCUUCCUGCAACCUUACAAAAAUUUCUUCACCACAACAGGAAAGAGAGGCAGUACUACUGGGACAUGAAAUUUUUGCUAUGCUCACUUGGUUUCUCAUCCUUUUUUAUUUUCUUCAUUCUCUACUCUCCAAACCCUUUUAGGUUAAGACCCAAACCCCAACAAGAUCUCCGCCAUCAAACCACCAACAUCUCCAUCAUACCUAAGGACCAGGGUAGUGAUCACGAGGAUCAUCAUCAGUACUGUGACUUGUUCAAGGGACGAUGGAUCAAGGACAUGGAUGGACCACUUUAUACGAAUUGGAGUUGCAGGACAUUACCAGACACCAAGAACUGUGGGAAGCAUGGGAGGGAGGAUGUUGAUUUCAUGAAAUGGAGAUGGAAACCCGACGGUUGUGACCUCCCAAGGUUUGACCCAAAGACCUUCCUUAGAAUUGUUCAUGGCAAAAAGCUUGCUUUCAUUGGUGACUCCAUCGCUCGCAACCAAAUGGAAUCCCUUCUCUGUCUCCUCUCACAUGAGGAGACUCCAGUAGACAUUUACAAGGACUCCAAAGACCGAUCACGGACAUGGUACUUCCCCUCACACGAUUUCACUCUUCUGGUUUUCUGGUCCAAAUUCUUGGUGGUCGGAGAAGAGAGAGUAAUCAAUGGGUCUCUCUCUGGGGUGUUCGACUUGCAGCUUGACAGGAUUGACCACAACUGGGCCAGUAAACUUCCAAUGGUGGACUAUGCCAUCCUAUCUGAUGCUCACUGGUUCUUCCGGAAGAAUUAUAUAUACGAAGGUGGCAACCUUAUUGGUUGCGUGUUCUGCAACGAAGCAAACCUUACCAAACACGAGUUGGGUUUUCUACUCCGCAGGGUGGUGCGUACAGUACUGCAACACAUCAACGAUUGUAAGGACUGUAAGGGUUUACUUGCCUUGGUAAGAACUUUCUCGCCAUCCCAUUUUGAGAAUGGAACUUGGAAUAAUGGGGGAAACUGCAAUAGAACAAGCCCUUUCAGUGAUGAAGAAGCAAACUUGAAAGGCACUGACUGGGAACUCUGGAACGUCCAAGUAGAAGAAGUUGAGAGAGCAAAGGUAGAAGGGGUGAAGAAAGGAAAGAAGUUUGGAGCUUUGGAUGUGACGAGAGCCAUGUUGAUGAGACCUGAUGGACAUCCAGGGGCUCACUGGAACAACAAAGGAAUGGAGGGUUUCAAUGAUUGUGUUCAUUGGUGCUUGCCUGGACCAAUUGAUACAUGGAAUGAUCUGUUGAUGGCUGUGCUGAGCAGGGAGAAUGGUGGGUCUAUACUAAAUUAAUACCUAUACAGUACAUUUAUACAUAUUGUGACAAAUUCUAAUUCAUUUACCGAUGAAAUAAAAUUGUGGGUCAGAGUCGUCAAGACUGCAUGUAACUAGUUAAUUUAAUCAAUAAGCAUUACUCUUCUUUCUCUCUC